UGGAAAAAAUGUCAACAAAGCACUUGUCCAGUGGUUGCAGUUUUGUUGUGCACUGUCAAGUGUAAUCUGAUGGAUGACCAAUACAGCAGCAUUGAUAUUCCAGUAUAUAUUUAGCACACUGACACUUCCCAACCAAGAAUAAUAUAAAAAUGGUGAAAAGGAAAGGAAAUCCACAAAGAGCCUCAGAGGAGAAACAGAGAUGUUUGACUUGGAACAUGAUGGACUCACUUGGUGUGAGAGACCAUGGAGGCUCCAUGUCCAUUAUAAACGAUGACGAUCCAUGUCUCUUACAUGAACUUCAACAGUCAGCUUCUAGCUCCUCAAAAGAAAAACACAGAAAGGACCCUGAUCAACAAACUUAUCACUUCUCACAGGAUCUCAUGCAUGACAUGUUUAAUAUUAUUUUAAGGGAAUGUGUCAUGUAUGUGCCAAUUUUAAGCUCCAAGUGUCCUGAGCAUGAUGGAGGGAAGUAUUUUGAAAUAGGGACAUUUAAAGUAAAAAUUACAAACGAGAGUUUCACUCCAUCUGUACCAUCCCAGCUGCCGGAGUGCAGGGAAUAUUGGCUGUACAUCAACAAAAGCCACGGACAGGACACAGAAAAUACUGAUCAUAAUAUGCUGUACUUUGAAACGUGUGAAGUAGAUGAAAAUGAACCAAAGGAGACAAUUCAAAGAUUAUUCUGGUGUGCUGAAGUAGAUCUGCCUCUACAGGUCCUAAAAUCUUUAAGCGAGUGUAAGCUGCUCCAGUGUGUUGGUCGUUAUGACAACAGUCAAGCCCUCCUACACGUGACUGUGUUUGGGUCAGAGAGGUUGAUCACCAGACCAGCAUUUGCCAGUGAACCAGUCAAGUCCAAAGUAACCAGCACAGUUCUAAAGAAUGUCAUAGGAUAUUUCUUCUCCUUGGAACCACCAGACUACUCCCAUCUGCCAUGUGUCAGGAAUCAUGACAUAGAACAUCUGUACGCCGUGGUGAAACAGAGACAUGACGACACAGAGCUAGAGGUCAGUGUUGACGUACAACACGAUUGGCUGAGACCUGAACUCCGACCUUACCAGGUCAGGGGGGUGAAGUGGAUGUUACAGAAGGAAUGCUACAGUCAUCUGGAGGAGAACAAGCAUGAAGAUAAGAUCUUUCUCCACCCCCUGUACAGUGAGAUAGAAACAAAAGACAAACAGACACUCUACUAUAAUAUGCUUGGAGGAAGCUUACUGAGGAACAGACCAGUGUCUAUAACACCACCCCCUGGAGGGCUUUUAGCAGAUGAAAUGGGUCUGGGUAAAACUGUGGAAGUAUUAGCUUGUAUCAUCCUUCACCCACGACAGAAUGUGGAUCCACCCCAGAGAAUUACUACAUUGUCAGAAUAUCAAAAAAGUGAGAGACUUGGAAGUUCUGAUGCUGAAUUCACUUUGGAAGGUGUGAGGAAGGUGAAAGAAGAAUCAUUGGACCGUAGUAAAGGGCAAGAUAAUGGUCAUAUUAAAGGUCAUGAUGAAGGUUGUGUUAAUGGUCAAAUGCAUUUUUCAGAUGAUUUGAAUAUAAGUCAAAGUUUAGAUAAGAAAGAUGAUGUUUUGGAUUCUGAUAAAGGCGAUCACUGUACCUCAAAGCUAUCAGAUACGACCCAAGGUAUGGACACAGAUUUAGGUAAGCUCAGAGAUUUGCCUAACCAAAUACUCAGCAAUGAAUCCCAUUCCACUGACAAACAAUUAAACAGUCCAGAGAAUGGGUCUGUGGACACACAAACAACUAAUAACACAGACUUAUAUAACAAAUCAGGGAGAAAUUCUGAGAAAAUCCUUGUAACAAGUGAAUCUGGCCCUAACACUAACCUCCUCCACCCAAACAAUUCUGCUCCACAGACUGUCAUAGAAUCAGAUGGCUCCAACAGAGACAAAAGUGAAAGUUUGAACCAAGAUCAUUGUAUGGAUGGAGAGGUACAUAUGGAUGUAGACCUUGUAAAUAGUGUAGACUCAGGUACAAAAGGAAAUGGAGAUGUGGAAAAGUGUGCCGAUGAUAGUGUGAAAAAUUUACAUGGAGAUGAAUUAGAAAAUAUUGAAGAAGUAAGGAUGCAUGAUCAUCCCUAUAUGGAAAAUUCUCAAUCUGACAUUAACAAUACAGAACAAGUCCUUCCUCAGACUGAACAAAGUCCACAUUUAAAAUCAACAACAAAAUCAAAAAAGUCCAAAUCAAAGAGACAGAGUAAAGGCAAGGAUAAACCUCAUAAAGAGAAGACCUUGGUCAAGCGGAAAAGUACCAACAAGUUUGUAGAACUGGUGCCUGAGGACCAGUUUCGCAGUAAGAACAUUUUCGACUACACAGAGUCUGUUGCCCCCAGAAACUUCUUUGAGUGUAUCUGUGGUACAGCCAAUGACUCGAGGAAGGUCAAUAGGUCACGAACCCAGCUACACAGGGUUCAGUGUGUGACCUGUGGUCUGUAUCAGCAUGCGGAGUGUGUGGGUUAUGACCUUCAGGAUCCGUAUAGAGGGCAGUACAAAUGUCCUCACUGCCUCGUCAUAGCAGAGCCAAUCAAAUCAGGAGCCACAUUAAUUAUCUCUCCAGCAGCGAUUAGUCAUCAGUGGACAGAGGAAAUACAGAAACAUAUCAAAAGAGAGUCCCUCAGAGUCUUUGUAUACAAUGGUGUUAACAAACAGAGGUUUGUCCAACCCAUGAUGUUAGCCAGACAGGAUAUUGUAAUCACGUCGUACGAAACUCUCCGCAGCGAGAUCAACUAUGUGGACCUACCUCACAGUAACAGCGAGAAUGGCAGAAAGUUCCGACAUCCCAAGCGCUUUAUGGCGACACCUAGUCCUAUCACUGCUGUAGAGUGGUGGAGGAUAUGUCUGGAUGAAGCUCAAAUGGUGGAGUGUACCACAACCAAGACUGCUGAAAUGGCUCUGCGACUGAGUGCUGUGAACAGAUGGUGUGUAACAGGCACGCCAAUACAGAAAAGUAUCGAAGAUCUAUAUGGCCUUCUGCUGUUCCUAGGGGUGGAUCCAUACUGGGUAAAGCAGUGGUGGACCAAACUGUUGUAUGAACCUUUCUGCUACGGGCGGGAGGAAGCCAUGAUUGAUCUUGUCUCCCGGGUGAUGUGGAGGACGGCCAAACAUGACGUCCUGAAUCAGGUCAAUUAUGUAUGGAAUAUAACCAUCAGUAUCCGUGACUCGAUGAAGGUCAGAUUCGUACUUAUCUUACUGUGGCACUCUUUUAGAGUUAACAUUCCUAACAAAAAGCUGGAUAAUAAGAUUAAGCUCAGUAGCCUGGAUAGAGCCACAGCUAAUCAGUUGCUGGGUCCACUACUCAGACUUCGUCAGGCUUGUUGUCAUCCUCAGGCAGUCAAGGGAGAAUUCCUGCCUCUCCACCUCAGACGAAGUGCGAUGACGAUGGAGGAGCUGCUGGAGUCCCUCACUAAGAAGACAAGGACAGAAUGCGAGGAGAGUCAUCGAUUGUUGAUCGCAGCCUUCAACGGUCUGGCCGGCUGGUACAUCAUUAACGAACAGUUUGUUGAUGCUGUGGAGAUGUACAGGGAGGUCCUGAGGUCAGUUGAGGAUCACAAAGAUCGUUUCCGUACCGACGACCUCCAACAGCUCCAUGCCAUGUAUAACCUGGCAGAGAUACUGCAGUCAAAACCCGAGGGGGUCCAGCCAACACUCAGGGAUGGACAGCUCAAAGAACAGAUGGAGGAGCUGAAAGUGAAGUACCUGACAAAGUCGCGGACUGUGGUCCACUCUGUGAAUGACCAGCUGACCCCUGUUAAACAGAGUCUACAAGACCUGCAAAGAGAGUUUAUGGAGGGACAGGAAUGGUGGUUGGAGGUGAUUCAGUUAGCGGCUCAGAGAGAUAUUGAUGAUCGAUUGAUUGACCAUGUGAAAAACGACCUUAGUAACCAACAGACUAGUGUACUAUCAGUCUCCAUGGCAGGGGCAUUUCACAAUGUCUAUGGACUGGAGCUGGUGAUGCAGCAGAGGAUGAUGGCCCUGGAAUCAGCCUACGAGAAACUAAAGCAGGCCCUGAACAAGGUCACGGGAGAACCCUCCCAGGAUCUCAUCAACGAGACAGUGGAGUGCUGUCUGAGGCCGGUAGAGGGCGUGAAAAGCAGUUGUUCCUUCUGUAAAAUCCACCUCCUGUUUGAAGAUUACGAAGCCAAGCUGUUUUCAUUUCAAGAAAGAGCUUUUGCUGUGGCUGAGGACACGACAGAGGUUUCGUCUGGAUCUCGGCGUCAGGGCACCUGGGCCGACAGCGAGAUGGAGAGGGCACUCAAGAGUGUACUCAGCUUUGCCAGGAGUCACGCAAUGGACAGGGAUCUUAUUCAUUAUGGACAGACACACAUUGAGAUCAUGGACAAGCUGAAAAAGGAAUUCAAAUUACUGCGAGUGUUGUGGAUUGAGUGUAAGGCUCACGUUUCUUCGUUUGAUGAGCUGAGUAUGGCCACAACCAGACUGAGAUUGAGGUUACCAGACGAACCAAAACCAGACAACAACCAGCUCAACAUUCUAGAACCCGCAGAGCUGGAUCAACACAAAUUAAAGUUGUUGUCAGAAAAGACAAUCAGUGAGAACGAACUCCGAAAAAAAUUAGGACAGCUCCUCUAUCUACAGAACCUGGCCAAGGCACAAUCAAGCAAUGAGAGCGGGGAAAAUCCUGACCUUUGCCCUAUUUGUCAAAAAGAGCUCGGAAAAGAGUGGUGUGUUUUACACUGCGGUCACUGUUACUGCCUUGACUGUAUCAGAGUUCUGUGUGAACAGUAUAGCUUCGGGGGCCGUAAUCGUCUGGUCAAGUGUGCUGUCUGCCGGGAGAAAACGUACCACAGUGACAUCUCCUAUGUCAGCACAGUCAAAUCAGAUGAAGAUAAAGAUGUAGAGACAAGGGUACAGGGAAGUCACUCCACUAAGAUUAUUGGGAUUAUUCGAUGUCUGAAGCAGAUAAAGAGAGAAGACCCUGGUGCCAAAGUCCUGCUGUUUUCCUCUUGGACAGACAUUUUGAACAUCCUGGUACAAGCUUUAGAGGAGAAUGAGAUCACCUUUAAAACACUGUUUUCUGGAAGUAAAUUUCAGAAAAAUUUGGCUGCCUUCAAGUCAGAUGAGAACAUAACAGUGUUACUUCUUCCAAUUCAUUCUGGAGCGAACGGACUGAAUCUGAUAGAGGCUACGUAUGUUCUACUGGUGGAACCCGUGCUGAACCCUGCACAGGAGUUACAGGCCAUCGGACGAGUACACAGAAUAGGACAGACCAGACCAACCCAGGUCCACAGAUUCGUGAUCCGGGGGACGAUAGAGGAGAAGAUGUACAAAAUGUUAAAAUCAGCCGAGGCCACCGCCUCCAGUCACGAUACAGAGGAAAACUGUCUCACCGUGGGGGAUCUAACUUCUCUCCUGAAAGAGGAGCGGGAGGAGGAUCCAGGAGAAAACUCUCAGACUCUAUGACAUCUCAGAUUAUUGUUUUUUAUCCUUUUGUAAAGCAACAACAGUGAUUAGGAAUUUCUAAAUGUUCUUUCUUUCACAUGGACCAGCUUUUAAUUGGAACAAGAUGAGGACCAAAAUAAUAUGUUCUAGUAAGAUCAGGAAGUUGCCAUAUAGAUGAAGUGGCUUGAAUUAGAUAUUAUAGUAAAGGUGUAUCCUUUAUGAAUUUACACAGUGAACCUCAUAUUGAGGGCUGUAUAUACUUUUUAUCUGUAUACGUGUAGCUGUACUCUAGUAAUGUUACACUUAUCAAUACAAGUUAUAUGUUUUUAUUACAUACUUAGUAAUAAAUACAGGAUUUUUGCAUAUGCGAUAUGCCUGACAUCACAAUAGCUGUAUCAGCCCUGCAGGGCUGAUAUGGAUUUGUGGGGCUGGUAUGGAUUUGCAGGGCUGAUACGGAUCAAUAUUACACCCUUAGUAAAUUAAACCUAAAAAAAAAACAGUAACUUUUUGAAUGUAAGGAUAAUCUGAUUGACAAAUAGAUUAUUUUCAAAUUACGGAUCGGGGACAUUUGAAAUAGAAGUACAUGUAGAAACAAUUCCAAACCAUAUGAGACAAAAGACCGUGUAAAUUGUAAGAAUUCCAUGCAUGAUUAUUAACUUAUUUUCUUCUCUACUGAAAGCGUUUAGUAUUUUAUUACUAAGUAUGUAGUAAACAUAAAAAACAUACCCUUUUCCACAUCACAUCCUGUAUCAGCCCUCGACCAUUAUC